AUGUGCUUCAUCGAUGAGAUCCAAAAAGCGGUGGGAGGGAUCCGCAAGCCGGGCUCCAGUUGCGAUGUGGAACUGGCAGGCCCAUGUACAGAAGCUGCCUCAACCACGGACCAGAUUGCCGCACCCGCCGAGCUUGCUGCAGCCAUCGAAGAUGCUGCAAAAAAGCUGGGGCGCACACAGGCCAGGGUGGUCAAUUUGAAGUUGGAAAGGUGGUGCUCCGUCUACGGGCUGCAUUUGCAGCCCGCGCCCUUCCUCCGAGUGGAGGUGGCCGACUUCCGUGAUGUGGAGCCAAUUGCAUUUGCGCUGCAACGUGGUGAGGUGCGAGCGCUGGGGUCCGCGCAGGUCAUGGGCCCCAGCCUGCUUGCAAGCAUGUUCAACAUUGGGCCCCCGAUAGCUCGAUGGCAUGACGUUGUGGCGCUGCAAGCACAGGGGGCUAUGGCCAUGGAUCAAGCUCGCUUUCGCAUUGGAUCUACGAAGAUUCAAGAGGACAUCUCUGCCGGCCGGGCGCAGUACCCGCCCGACUUCGGGCCCCCGCCUAUGGCACAGACGCGGGACUUGCGGCCCCUUCCCUUCGGCUAUGGCUUUGGCUCCGGCACCACGGCGAAAUGGCUAGCCAAGAGAGCCAGGGAGGUGUACGACGAGAGCACCGAGGAGUUCGAAGAAACCAAGGCUUCCUUGGAGAGAGGUGCACGCCGAGACUUGAGGCCAAUUAUGGUGCUGUGA